CGCCUCUGCUGGUUGGGCUUUUGGUUCCUGUAAACCCUGGGCCUGGGCCGAGGCUAGCGCUGCAGGCUCGCUCCUCUGCUGCAUUGCUACCUCUCCCACCCGCGGCCGGUCCCGGAUUUGGGGAGCUUAACAGAUGGCAGCACAAUGCGUGACAAAGGUGGAGCUGAGUGUCUCCUGUGAAAAUCUUUUGGAUAAAGAUAUAGGCUCAAAGUCAGACCCUUUAUGUGUAUUGUUGUUGAAUACCAGUGGACAGCAGUGGUAUGAGGUUGAACGUACAGAAAGGAUUAAAAAUUGUUUGAAUCCUUCAUUUACCAAAAAAUUUUUAAUUGAUUACUAUUUUGAAGUGGUUCAGAAGCUGAAGUUUGGGAUUUAUGACAUUGAUAACAAAACCAUUGAUUUGAAUGAUGAUGAUUUCUUGGGAGAAUUUGAAGGUACUUUGGGACAAAUUGUUUCCAGUAAGAAAUUAACUCGACCAUUGGUCCUCAAAAAUGGAAAACCUGCAGGGAAAGGGAGCAUCACGAUUUCAGCUGAAGAAAUAAAGGAUAACAGAGUGGUCUUAUUUGAAAUUGAAGCAAGAAAACUGGAUAACAAGGAUUUAUUUGGAAAAUCUGAUCCCUACCUGGAGUUUCACAAACAGACAUCAGAUGGACAGUGGCUAAUGGUACACAGAACAGAGGUCAUUAAAAACAACUUGAAUCCUGUUUGGAGACCUUUCAAAAUUUCUCUUAACUCUCUGUGUUAUGCAGAUAUGGACAAAACCAUUAAGGUCAUGUGUUAUGAUUAUGAUAGUGAUGGAUCACAUGAUCUUAUUGGAACUUUUCAAACCACUAUGUCAAAACUAAAGGAAGCCUCCCGAAACUCUCCUAUUGAAUUUGAAUGCAUAAAUGAAAAGAAGAGACUGAAGAAGAAAAGCUACAAAAAUUCUGGUAUUGUCAGUGUGAAACAUUGUGAGAUUACAGUGGAAUGCACAUUCCUUGACUACAUCAUGGGAGGAUGUCAGCUGAAUUUUACAGUGGGAAUAGACUUUACUGGCUCAAAUGGUGAUCCUAGAUCUCCUGACUCUCUUCAUUAUAUCAGCCCUAAUGGAGUUAAUGAAUAUUUGACUGCUAUCUGGUCUGUUGGGAUGGUCAUUCAGGAUUAUGAUGCUGAUAAGAUGUUUCCUGCCUUUGGAUUUGGAGCUCAGAUACCUCCUCAGUGGCAGGUAUCGCAUGAAUUUCCCCUAAACUUUAACUCAGCAAAUCCCUUCUGUAAUGGAAUCCAAGGCAUCAUAGAAGCAUAUCGGAAUUGCCUUCCUCAAAUAAGACUUUAUGGACCAACUAACUUUUCUCCAAUAAUAAAUCAUGUGGCCAGGUUUGCUGCUGCAGCCACACAGCAACAGACAGCAUCACAAUAUUUUGUGCUCCUGAUCAUCACUGAUGGUGUGAUCACAGAUCUUGAUCAAACCAGGCAAGCCAUAGUGAAUGCUGCCAAACUUCCCAUGUCCAUCAUCAUUGUUGGGGUUGGAGAUGCAGACUUCAGUGCAAUGGAGUUUCUUGAUGGUGAUGGUGGAACACUCAGAGCCCCAACUGGCGAGGCUGCCAUCAGAGACAUUGUUCAGUUUGUUCCUUUCAGACAAUUCCAGAAUGCUCCAAAGGAAGCCCUUGCUCAAUGUGUCCUGGCAGAGGUUCCCCAACAAGUGGUGGCUUACUUUAACACCUAUAAGCUGCUUCCGCCGAAGAAUCCUGCUACGAAGUAAUGGAAACAGCCCAGGAGAAUUCCUUUGUGCCAGGUGGAGCGGUGGAUGCAUUAUCUCUCCCCCAACAUGCAUUCACCAGUGUUGUUUCUUGUAGCCCUUUCUGGCCUCCCUAUGUGUGAUAUGAUACUUUUUUUGAGAUGGAGCCAUAUCUGUUUAAUACAUUUCUUUUGGAAUAUCAUUUUUGCAUAUGCUUGUGGAUUUCUUUUUUUAAACGUGGAAAGUGAAUCUCUGUGUAAUCAGUUUAAUGAUUGGUAAUUGGUAGGAAUUGAUUGAGGCAUGUUUGAGUUAGAAAGUGACAGUAAGAUGACUUUUGCUUUACAUUAAUUGGAUUUGAAUAUGAUAAAGUCAUUUGUGAAUGAUGAUAAAUCACAUUACUGGAAUAAAUGUUACCUAUGAAUUGCUAAGCUUUGCUAUUGUCCCAGUCGGAAUAUAUAUUUCACAUGAAGACUCCCACAGUUGAUCAAGAUAAGGCUGUUUUACUGAGAUGGUUUGGGGGCACUUUAAUUGGUCCUUCGUAUACCUCAUUAUUGCCAGUGGAAUGUCAACUUUCUUCAUUUGCCUCGACAUAGUGUUACAAUCUCUAAGCCAUAUCCUUAUAUAAAUUAGUACUUUUGCCUUGAGGAGAAAGUACAGAUUUAGUUUCUUAUUAAACAAUCAUUGAAUAGAUACCUGUCAUAGACAGACAAUAUUGUAUUGCUUUUUGUCUCUUUAAAUUUUUUUUUCAUUGUAGAAGAUUCUGAAGAUGAUCAGGGUGAAAAUGAAUCUUUUUAAAAAACUGCUUCGGGCAAAAUGAAAGAUUGUUUAGAAAUCUGAAGACAAAGCUUUUGUUGUUAUUGUUGUGGUUCCAGAUCUGCUCACUUGGUAAGGAGUUCAGUUGAUGUUAGCCUGUGUUUUGUGAGCCUUAGUGUUGUGGUUGAUAAAUCGGGUCUGAUGAGAAUAAGAGCCUCUUGUUCCAGAUAGUGACUCAUUGACCACAAUGCACUUAGGAACAGCUUAGUGCCCCCAUUGUCCUGGAAGCCAGACAACCUUUGCUUCUUCCUGUAGCUCUACCCUUUCUUACGUACCACAUGUUAAUCAGUGCCAGGGGAAAUAUUUUUUAUUUUUGAGGGAUAAUAAUGGUUUCCUACUAAUUAAAUCUGUCAUUUUAUAAGAAUUUUCUUUUUUUUAGUCACAGGAUGUGUGUUAUAUUCAAGCAUUGAAAUUUUUUGGAGUUUAGAAAAAUUAUUUCUGAGUCAUCAACCCCAUUUGGGAAGUCUUAAUUUUGUUUUAAGUCUUUGGAGGCUUUGUGAUAAUGGACAGGAAACCAGCCUCAGAGCUAAAGAUACCUGGGUUCUAGUCUUACUCUGGAAACAUACCAGAUAUGUGACAAAUUGCUUCAGCUUUCAGUGCUGCAAGUAAUUUUCUCAGACUUUAUGUUUCAGAGAAGGAGUUAAUCUUGCACUAGUGAAAGGAGUUUUCUCUAACAAUCAAAUCACAGGUCUAGUUGCUAACUCAUUUUUAUUCAAAAGUAGAAUCCUCUUCAUUCUGAGGGCUGUUUCUUCAGAAUACACUGUGUGCUCAUGAAUUGCUUUGAAAAAAUACCCAACAUCAAAGCUCUGAACAUAUCUAAUACCUUCAACAUAUGUAUAUAUAAAACAGCAUUAAAUCCAUUAACAUACAUGUAUUUAUAAGCCCAUUAGCAUGUAUUUAUGCACAUUAAAAUUGCAACACUGAAGACCAGUACAUAUUUCACAUGAAAAUAAAGUAUAUUUGUGUGUGUGUGUGUGUGUGUGUGUGUGUGUGCAGGUGUAUGUAUAUGUAUAUGUAUAUGUGUUAACAGUUUUUAGUGUUGGUCCAAAUAUACACAUAUAAAUAAGGAUACGUAUCCUUUAGUCUAGCUUUCUAAUCUUGUUGAAAAAUCUCCAUCAUCUAGGCCUACUUUCAUAUAUCUUCCUUGUAAUGUGGAAGAAAGGAUUUGGGAUUAACAGACUCUGGCUUCUUUAAAAUGAUUCGACAAUUCAAGCUGAGGUGGAUCUUCUUUGCUGCCAUAUUAUGUUUGCCUGAGUAGACUAGCUGACAUGGUUUGACAUGAUUGGCCUUGUAGAACUUUGUAUAUGUCUUUGGGAUUGGACAAACCACUAUUAAUUAGACAAAUCACUUGACUAAUAGCAUCUUACUUAUUGUGGCCUUAUAGCUUUUGGAAAAUCCUUCCUUUAGGCCAUUUCCUUGCUGUAGAGUGAGUAAUUGGCCUCCAAUUUUUCUAGCUUAUUUAAUCAAUAAACAAUCAAUUAACAUUUAUUAAGCACCUACUAUGUGCCAGACACUGUGCUAAGUGUUAGAUAUUUAAAAAAAAAAAAGGAAUUUAACAUUGAAAUGAAGCACAGUGCAUUUAAAUCACUCAGGU